AUGCAUUUUUUCUUAAUUGCUAUUCUAGCCAUUAUUCAGGCUGGCACAUCCCAAGCUGGAACCCUUGAGAUCAUAGAUCAUAAUCGGCAAUGUCUGAUAUGGUCUACUGAUAAUUAUGGCUGCACAGGUUACUCUGCGUCAUUUGGUCGUCUCGAUGGAAUUGAUUGUUCAAAGCUCAGUGAGGUUGCCAAUGGCAACCGUCAUGAAUUGAAUAUGCUCAAAGUCGACGUAUGCGGUACAGAGGACGGUUCGCCUGUUGCUUGGAUCCAGGUGAACCGCACGGGACUGGUCACAUUCUCCAAUAUAAAUGGGAAUCAAUCGUCCUGUGUACUCAAUGAUGGAUUAAAGGCAGGUAGCUGGUGUAUUACAACUGGAGAAUUAGAUAAAACAAACUCGCCCUGCUACUCAUCUACCUAUAAACUACCUACCAGCACCCCAUCUUCCAGCACUCCAUCUACCAGCACUCCAUCUACCAGCAAUCCAUCUGCCAGCACCCUAUCUACCAGCACUCCAUCUACCAGCACUCCAUCUGCCAGCACUCCAUCUGCCAGCACUCCAUCUACCAGCACUCCAUCUACCAGCACUCCAUCUACCAGCACUCCAUCUACCAGCACUCCAUCUACCAGCACUCCAUCUACCAGCACUCCAUCUACCAGCACUCCAUCUACCAGCACUCCAUCUACCAGCACUCCAUCUACCAGCACUCCAUCUACCAGCACUCCAUCUACCAGCACUCCAUCUACCAGCACUCCAUCUACCAGCACUCCAUCUACUACUACUACGAAAGAUAGCCAUCUCACUAUCGUUACUGUUGCUUCUGUCACUAGCACUUCUACUAGUAUUGUUUGGGUCACAGUGUAG